AUGAUGGUUGACAACAUAAACGUAAAUCCCGAGGAACAUUAUAACCCUAAUACUACUCAGCAGUUUACGAUUAACGAAGAUUUAAAUGACUCCAGACAAUUAAAUUUAAAAGAUGCAAUUAUAUACUUAAAUCAACAAUUAAACGCUUGCGGCUAUCAUUCUUCUUUAGAUUUUUUUAAUAAUAAUGAUGAAAAAUCUGUUACCAAAAUUGUUGAUUGCAUAUCCGCGUUAUUACAGCAACAACAAAAAGAUGCUGCGUAUCGAGAAGAAAUGCACGAUCAGCAUCAAAAAUUGCAAAGUGAUUAUGAAUUGUUGACAUUUACCAUAAAAACUUUAAAAACGAGAGCAGAGUUAAGCGAACGUGAAGUAGAUACUUUGAGAGCUAAAUUAAUUAAAACGGAAGACCAAUUACUUUCUGAAUCCGAAAGACAUCGGUCAACAAAAGAUGAAUUAAUUAAAACGAAAGCUAAUUUGCAAAAUGUCAAAUCGCAAGCUAUGCAUGACAUUAGAAAACGCGAUACGGAAUACACUAGAUUUAAAGAGAAAAUGCAAAAAGUUCUAAAUGAUAAAUAUUCCAUGUGUGGACCUCAGGGUGUAAACCCACCACGGAAACAAUUAACGAGAAACAUGAAUUAUGCCGCUUCAUUCAUUAGUUCUGACGUUGACGUUCCUAUUUUAUUUGGUGGUUUGAGUCAUAUGGAAAAA